GACAGGGGUUGCAUAAUGAUAGCUGAAGUCUGUCUUGUUCAAUCAGUAACGUUUCAAAACAGGUAACUCGAGUAGGAUACACCAGACGUUGUUGGUGGAGUGGGAACACUUCGGUAGGCUACUCCUCUUCAGGUAGUUUCGUGACUUUUUGCAACAUUUAUCAUGUCUGGUUCCCAGUUCGAAUCGUUGGAGAAGACUCUGGGCACCUAUGUUCCCGAGGGCGAGUUGAGCGAAGUCCGUCGGAUUUUAUAUGGGAAAGAGCUCAAGACCCUGGGGCUCCCGCAGGUAGCACUGGAUUCAGCCGCGGAGCGAGACUUUGACCUGCAGGGCUACGUGUUUGAGGCGGCACCGGAGCAGCUGCGACCGGCCCGAGUCAUCCGUGUUGGACUCAUUCAGAACAAGAUCGUCCUCCCCACAGAUGCCCCAGUGCUGGAUCAGAUCACUGCUCUGCACAAGCGCGUCGGGGAAAUGGUGGAGGUGGCGGCCAUGUGUGGAGUCAAUAUUGUUUGCUUCCAGGAGGCCUGGACCAUGCCCUUUGCAUUUUGUACCCGCGAGAGGGAACCCUGGACGGAGUUUGCGGAGUCAGCUGAAGAGGGCUACACCACCAGAUUCUGCCAGGAGUUGGCAAAGAAGCACAACAUGGUUGUUGUGUCCCCCAUCCUGGAGCGAGAUGAGAUUCACGGAGGAACGCUGUGGAACACUGCUGUGGUGGUGUCGAACUCGGGGAAAGUUCUGGGGAAAACCAGGAAGAAUCACAUUCCUCGUGUAGGAGAUUUCAACGAGGCCUCCUACUACAUGGAGGGCAACACAGGCCAUCGCGUGUUCCAGACGCAGUUCGGCAGAAUAGCAGUGAACAUCUGCUACGGCCGCCACCACCCUCUCAACUGGUUCCUCUACAGUCUGAACGGAGCAGAAAUCAUCUUCAACCCCUCGGCCACAGUUGGGGCACUCAGUGAGCCCAUGUGGUCCAUUGAAGCAAGGAAUGCAGCCAUUGCCAACCACUGCUUCACCUGUGCCAUCAACCGUGUUGGCACGGAGCAUUUCAAGAAUGAGUUUACAUCUGGGGACGGGAAGAAAGCACACAAUGACUUUGGACACUUCUACGGCUCCAGCUAUGUGGCAGCUCCAGACGGCAGUCGCACGCCGGGUCUCUCCAGAACUCGAGAUGGGCUCCUGGUCACCGAACUUGACCUGAACCUAAACAGGCAAAUCGCAGACAAGUGGAACUUCAAGAUGACUGGCCGUUAUGAGAUGUAUGCAGAGGAGAUAGCUCAAGCAGUCCAACACGAGUUCCAGCCCAACAUCAUCAAAGAGUAGAACGACAUCAUCCAGCAUCAUGUGGCAUCCUUGGAAACAUGAGCCAUCAACAGCCUAGUGGACGCACACCCACACCACUGCUAACAGCAGCUAGUUUUACCAGUACAACUACCAGCAGUGCUAUUACUACUACUACUACAAAUAGUCUAGUUCACCUACACCACCGCUACUGCUGACAGCCUAGUACACCUACUCCUACUACUGACAGUAUAGAUCUACAUCAUCACCGCUACUGCUGACAGCCUAGUUCACCCACCCCUACAGCCUAGUACACCUACUAUUACUACUGACAGUCUAGAUGUACAUCACUGCUACUGCCUAGAAUACCCUAGUGCUACUGGCAGCCUAGCAUGCCAAUACCACUAAUAACUACAUUACUGCAAUGAAGAGAAACCACUACAGCUCCCAGGCUGGAGCAGUGGCGAGAUGCAGAAUACUAGAAGUAGUGAUGGGCAAAUGAAGCUUUGGUGA